UUGCCCUCAAAAACUACAAUUCAUUCCUUGUUGGAGUAGUUUGUCUGUCUGCUCCAGCUUUUAGGAAGCAUGAUUCCUAAUUUGGUACAGCCCGUUCCAUAUACUAAUGCAGCAGCAUCUCUAAGUGCGAUUAUACCUGAGGUUCUUAAAGAAAAUAAUUAUGAAAGGUGGAGCAUUUUAAUGCAACACUAUUUAGUGGCUCAAGGCCUUUGGGAUGUUAUUCUAUCAAGCCAGAUUCCUCUUGCCGAAGGUCCAGAGGACUGGAUUAAAAAGAAUGCUUCAGCUCUGUUUGCAAUUAAGAUUUCAUGUGGAGCAGAAAAGUUUGAACAGAUUAAGAAGAUGAGUUUAGCCAAAGAUGCAUGGGAUGCAUUGGCCGAUUUGCAUAAACCACCAAAUGCAGACAAGCACAGAGGAAGUGAAACUGAUGCAGGUUCAAGUUCCAGUUCCAUCUGUCUUAAAGGUGGUUGUAUUGCUAAAGUGCCAUCUCCCUCUGAGGAUACGGACAGAAGCAGACAAAAAAUCUUCGGAAUACAAGCAGCAUGGAUUAAAGUGAUGGGAGCAAUAUUACCCAUCAUUUUUGGAAGAGCACCUAUGGACUUAUAUAAUCUGAAGUUAACCCAUACGUUUGCCAAUUCGGUUUUGCAAUACUGGUGCAAGGAAAUAUCAACCUACAGGGAUGCCACACAACUUGUUGGAAGGGGAACAAUCUCAGCAAUCUUCCAAGCAAUCAAGAAUGGCAGAGUCAAAAUUGUGAUUGAGAUCCUCAAAUCGAACCCACAUCUAAUUUGGUGCAAUAAAAACCUUUCAAGAGAAAUACUCAUCUCUGCAAUCAAAUAUCGUCGAGGAGGUAUUUUAGGGUUUGUUUUGAGGCUUGAUGCAGGGAAGAAAACAUUUCUCUCUUUAACAGAUGAAGAUGGAAACAACGUGUUGCAUCUAGUAGCCAAGUUACCAGACCUUGGGAUUGAUGUUAAUCUCUUUCCUGUUUGGGUUAUGCAACGAGAAGAAGUUAGAAGCCUCCUUCCACGCUGGUAUCAAGGAGCCAAAAAUCAUUAUGGUCAAACUCCAACCCAAGUUUUCGACGGAGAACACCAGCAAUGGAGAAAAGAAGCGCAUGAAUGGGCAAAGAAUACUGCAAAUUCUUAUAUUCUGGUACCUGUUUUACUUGUCACCAUUAUGUUUGCGGCACUUUUUACAGUUCCAGGCGGGAACAAUGAAGAAACCGGUAUCCCCAUAUUGUUGCAUAGCAAACUGUUUUCCGGGUUUCUCAUAUGUGAUGUGGUGUCCCUCCUUACUGCAUCAACUUCAAUGCUGCUAUUUCUGAGUAUACUCACAGGAUCCUAUGGUCCAGUUGAUCUUCCCCAAAACUUGCCCACGCGAUUGAUGAUCACUAUUUUAUUACUCAUAAUUUCAAUAGUAACGAUGCUCUUUGCCUUCGGUUUUGCUCUUACGAUCAUGUUGCCAAAAAAGUUGCAGGGACUACCAGUUAUUAUAGGAUACCUAGGACUUCCCAUCCCCUUUUUGCUCUACUGGCGGAUGCUCCCCCUUGCUGUUGAUGUUUAUAGACGGAACUUUGGAUCAAUAAUCUCGUAAGAUAUGGCCAAUGGACCGCAUUAGAAGAAUCUUGUUAGAAGUCUUUUAUGGCGUUAAUUUAUUUGUAUUUUUAUGUAAUUUUUAAUGUCUGCAUUUAUGUUAUGAACUUUUUUUUUUUUUGUGUGUGAAAAUAUCUGGUUUUGUCACUUUUUUCUUUCCAGAUUUCAUCUAUUUCAACUUUCAUUUUCAUUUUGAUUUUCAUUCUUUGUUUGGUUGCAAAGGAAGUGCAAGAAAAAUAAGAUAUGAAAAUCUGU